CCACAAACACACCAAGGUGGAGUUUGCCAUAAGCUCCAUGGCAAAGCUGAGCAGAGAGGCUUUGUCAGCUUCAUUAACAGUUUCUUGCCCAUGGAAAGAGACAAAAGGGUUAAGGGAAGAAGAGCAGGGACUGCAGGAGAAGCAGCUGACGGGAGCAAGGGCACGAAGAAAGCAGCAGCCAGGGAGCAGGGAGAAGAUUUUUAUGAGGAAGAAGUGUGUUUCCAAAGGAAAGAACUAAAUUUUUAAAGAGAUUUCGAGGAAGCAUUUGCAAAAAGGCCAGGGAGGCGGAGAAAAUUUGGCAGAAGGGGGAAGCUCUCUGAGCCCCCCAAGUCACGAGUCACGCCUGCAAGGGUCUCACCCCACCAGGAGCAGGUGCGCCCCAGUUGCAUUGCACCGGGCUAGGAUGGGGAUGAGCAAGCCCUGCCACAUGCUUCCAGAAAAAGGCAUCGCUUGUUAAAGCUUCAUGUGGUAUGUCCAGUUCCUCACAAAUGACUCUUUUAAUUCAGGAAUGUCAAAAACCACCAAGGGAUGUGAGGGGAGGAUUUCUUAGUCAGCAAGAGGUUUCCUCUUGUUAUCCCGCACUCUGGGGCAACACAGUACACUCAAAACCCUCCCCACAUUCCGAAAAUUGCUCCCAGCAGCAUCACACAAAAACUACUUUUUGUGACUAUGCUGUGUGUUAUAGCGGCGGCAUCACUUCCCCAUUCCUGCCUUCCUUUCCAUGCCUUCUUUAUUUUUUUUUUUUUUUUGCUGGGUACCAGGUGCACCAGAGAGACUUGGAUCAAUACAAGACAGCACUUUUCGUAUAAACAAUACCGUAUUAACAACCGCAGGGCAGCCGUACCUGUAGGCAGGGAUAGCACCAAAUGUUGGCACGACUACCCGUGCAGCUAGACUGCUAAAAAGAAGCAGCUCCAGUGGAAAUGCACCUACUGUAUGUGAAAUGCUGGUGCUUUUUUUUUUUUCUCCCCCUCUAUCAGUCUAACCUUCUGUGUUGAUACAUGAAUGCUGGUACCCACUUAGAGGGAUGCCAGAUGAUCAGUGCAGAAUGAAGGUCCCAGGAGAAAGGCUCACGUGGUUUUCUCUGCCCCGUGACGUCACCAGCAGAUGGCAUGGGUACCAGCUCUGGCAGUUGGCAUCAAUGUCACUUUUUAGAGAUCAAUGAGAUAGUGCAGAUAUACACAGAUCUAGACUGAAGGAGACGAUGCGACAUUCAGACUGAAAAGAUUUGGAAGGCAAAAAAUGAAAACUGAUUGUUGAAUGAAAUAAAAAGCUAAGGUAACUUAAGAUUAUAGAACCAUGUUAACACUACCGUUUGAUGAGUCUGUUGUAAUGCCAGAAUCCCAGAUGUGCAGAAAGUUUUCCAGAGAAAGCGAUGAUCAAAAGCAAUUGAAGAACCCCGAAAGCUUUUCGAAGCAGAUUGUGCUCAGAGGAAAGAAUAUUAAAAGAUCUCCUGGAGAAGACACAGAAAAAGAGGAGGAGGAGGAAGAGAGAGAAGAGGAGGAUGAGAAUGGCUUGCCCAGGCGAAGGGGCCUUCGGAAAAAAAAGACGAGCAAGAUAAGGAUGGAAAGGAUCAAAUUCAGGCGACAAGAAGCCAACGCUAGAGAGAGGAACCGGAUGCACGGCCUUAACGACGCCCUGGACAAUUUAAGGAAAGUGGUGCCCUGCUAUUCUAAAACACAAAAACUGUCCAAAAUAGAAACUUUAAGACUAGCCAAGAACUACAUUUGGGCUCUUUCUGAAAUCCUGCGAAUUGGCAAGAGACCCGAUCUGCUCACGUUCGUCCAAAACUUGUGCAAGGGUCUGUCCCAGCCAACUACAAACUUGGUGGCGGGAUGCCUGCAGCUGAAUGCCCGAAGUUUCCUGAUGGGCCAGGCGGGUGAAGGCGCCCAUCACACCCGCUCGCCAUACUCCACUUUCUACCCCCCCUACCACAGCCCCGAGCUCAGCACCCCCCCGGGGCACGGGACUCUCGACAACUCCAAGUCCAUGAAACCCUACAAUUACUGCAGCGCUUACGAGUCCUUCUAUGAAAGCACUUCCCCCGAGUGUGCCAGCCCACAGUUUGAAGGUCCCUUAAGUCCUCCCCCAAUUAACUAUAAUGGGAUAUUUUCCCUGAAGCAAGAAGAAAGCUUGGACUAUGGCAAAAAUUACAAUUAUGGCAUGCAUUACUGUGCAGUGCCACCCAGGGGUCCCCUUGGGCAGAGCUCUAUGUUCAGGUUGCCUACAGAGAGCCACUUCCCUUACGACUUACAUCUGCGCAGCCAGUCUCUCACCAUGCAAGAUGAAUUAAAUGCAGUUUUUCAUAAUUAAUGAGGAAAAUGAAAAUAAACAGUGGUCAUUCACCUCCCCAUCUAAUUAAGAGCAAGCAGAUGCUUGGGCACUGCAUAAUUGGCACAACUCUAUUUAACGUGUUUACUAGUUCCUAAAGUGUGUUUCAACUAUUGUGGGGAUUUUCUAUGUAUUAAUAAACCCUUUUUCCGAUAAGUAUUUUUCCUUUCGUUUUUUUGUCUGUAAACACUGUGAGAUUCUGUUUCCUCCCAGAGGUUAUUUCCACCCCCCGUUUUUUUUUUCUUUUUAUUUCCCUAUUUGCUUGAUUUGUUGAGCAGUGUGUCUGAACAAUAUCGCUGAAAUAAAAGCAUACACACUGUGUAAAGUCAAUGUUUAUUUUGAUUGUACAGUAAUUAUACAAAUGCAUGUUAUUCAAAUCAGAUAAAUUAAAAUGAUGUAUUUAUAAUUGGUAGAAAAUAUAUAUUAUGUAUUUGAGGAGAACUGGAUUAAAAUUAUUCAGAACUUUAAAGAAACUAUCUCAGAACUGAGAUGGGCUUGCAAUAUGCAGAGGUGAGAGUGCAGCAAUAUUGAAAGCUAUGCAAAAAAUGAAAAAAAAAGUAAACAUAAAACAAAACAGUUAUUUUGUUUGUUGUUUUUGAGCAAGCUAAGGAAAAUCAGUGAUAUUGUCACUGAGACUAUUCAGUCUGACCUUUAGAGUAUUGCUGGCAGGUGGCACAUGCUAAUAUUUUAGAAGGUGGUGUUGAAAUUUUGCCUCAGUUAUUUUGACCAUAUAUUAUCAGCACUUUUUUUGUAUUAUUCUGACUUCAGAUGUAAAGGUUUGUUAUAACAAUGUAUAACUGUGGUUUCUCACUACGUACUUUAAAUGCAAUUAAACAUAGAUGUUUCCACUUUAAAAAUACAUCUAUUAGCUGUGAUACUGUA